AUGCUUGCUCCCCCCGGCUGUGACCUCUCUCAAGGGCCGCCCCAAUGGGAGCGGUCGCUCAGCGAGAACAUCCGGGAGGAGAGGCAGGAGCUCCGCGACGCCGCUGAGCAGACCUUGAACGUCAUUUUGGACCUCAAUAUUGAUGGGACAAUCCGUUGGGUCAGCCCGUCUUGGGUUGACGUGAUCGGAACCCAGCCAGACUCGGUCCUGGGCACCCCCAUUGCCGACCUCAUCGUCAGCGAUAAUUCCAAUAUCUUCUCCGAAGUCGUCGAGAGCAUGACCCAGGAUGACAGGCGGAGCCAGUUCAUUCGUUUCGCAGUCAGGUUGGGGCCCCUGUCUAAGCUUAUUCCCUUGGACAUGCUCAAAGAACCCGAGGAGACCGCCGAGCCCGUUGUCAUUGACCUAGAGGCCCAAGGCAUCAUGGUCUACACCGGGCCUUCGGGCGGGGAGAGUCAUUGGGCCGCACCGCGGGAGAUCAAGAUCGAUUUGCCAAACGUUAUUGUUGAUUCGCUGGGAUCCGGCGCCGAGGUGCUUGCAAGCUACCUUACUCAACUCGCCGAGUCGGGUGUGGACGACCCUGAAUCGCUUCCCCCACCCCUGCCUGUCCUUUGUCGGAUAUGCGAACGUCAGAUUUCGCCAUGGUGGUUUGAAAAGCACACUGAUCUGUGCCUGCAAGAGCACCGUGCUGAAAUGGAUGUCCAGAUGGCGCAGGAAGGUCUCACGGAGCACCGCCAUGCGAUCGUCAAGGUGCUCGACACUCUCGAGGCAAGACACAGCCGCUCGUUGGUGGGGGACCAGACCAAGUUGCCCGUUGCCGAGUACAAGAGUCUGGCGAUUGGGCCCCCGAACUCCUCCAGCUCAUCGGGGAACUCGUCCCCCGUACCCGGUACUGGCCCCGGUCGGUCACGCGAACGCUCUUCUGGCUUCGGGCAUGCGCGAGCUCGGUCUUUUGCUAUUCGCAGACCUCAGGCCAGGAUUGUCGAAUUGCUGCUGGAUCUUUGCGAUACCGCCAUCGAAAUCAGCACCCCCGCCAUCAAGGAGUCAUCACAGGCUCCUGAAACGCCGGGCACGAAUACGCUGGACCAGGAGCAAGGGCUGGCGUUGUUGUGUGCUGACACGGAGAAGUUCGCCAAAGAAAAAGUCGAGGCCAUCUUCCGUCACCGCAGGAUUCUCGAGUACUCGGAACGUAUCCGGAUCGAGUUUGCCUACAUGGUCCAGGAUUGCAUCGACGCCGCCAUACGCAAGGCUGCCAAGAUUGCUGCUGGCCGUCUCAGCGACUCUGCCGACGAGGAGGAUGGGGACACCGAUGCUACGCCUGCAAUUGAAGAAGGCAUCUUCGCCGGAUCUUUCGAUGCGCCUUCAAAUCUGGCAUUGGCACUCCAGAACGCCGAUAUCAGCAGCGACCCCGACAGGCGCCGGGCUCCACAGCGGACAGAUUCUCCCAUGUCCGAGUUUGGCGACCUUCGCCGACAGGCGAGUUCCCGACAACACCACCGCAGAAGUCUCAUUCUUCCAGGCGCCGUGUCUCCGCGGAGACAAGAGUCACCCUCGAGGGGUGCCCAGCCCCCUUCGUCACCUCUCCGGAUCCACAAGCCUCGAAACUUGCCGUUCCCUUCGGACGCCCUGAUGUCUCCCGAAGCGUCGCCGAUGUUGCCGAGCAGCGAAUUCACAUCGCCCAGCAUCUCGCACACCUACCACCACCAUCGGAGGCAGUCCUCGGCUGCAGUUUCAUCGGUUCCGGGUGAGGUGGCAGUGAAGCCCCCGCCUUCCCCCCGGCUCAGCGCCGUUGUGGGCGGUCCGCAAGCUAAAGCGGUCCCACCCUCAAUCAAAGAUUUUGAGAUUAUCAAGCCCAUCAGCAAAGGUGCGUUUGGCAGUGUCUACCUGUCAAAGAAGAAGUCCACGGGCGAGUACUUUGCCAUCAAGGUGCUGAAGAAAGCCGACAUGGUUGCCAAGAACCAGGUCACCAACGUCAAGGCCGAGCGCGCCAUCAUGAUGUGGCAAGGAGAGAGCGACUUUGUUGCAAAGCUAUACUGGACCUUUUCGAGCAAAGACUAUCUCUACUUGGUCAUGGAGUACCUUAACGGAGGUGAUUGCGCCUCGCUGAUCAAGAUCUUGGGCGGCCUUUCCGAGGAUUGGGCCAAAAAGUACCUCGGAGAAGUCGUGCUAGGCGUCGAGCAUCUGCACAACCGGGGCAUUGUUCACCGUGACCUCAAGCCCGACAACCUGCUAAUCGACCAAAAGGGCCACUUGAAGCUCACUGACUUCGGUCUCUCGCGCAUGGGAUUAAUCGGACGGCAGAAGCGGGCCCUGAAUUGCGGCACUGACGCUGCCCCUGACCUCCUAAAGCAGGGUCCGUUUGCUCGAUCUACCUCGAUGGCUUCGUCUCGAUCCACGUCGUUAGACCUCCACGGCCGGAGCCAGUCUCCAGCUUCCACCCCGCAAAUGACGCCGAGCGAUCCCACCACAGUCCUGCCACAGCCAUCGUAUUUCAACCUGGGGACAUUCUCACAUGAACCGCGCCGCGUCUCGUCUCACCGCAGCGAUAGCGGAGGCAGCGAGAGCUUGCCGCAGAUGCUCGGGAACUUGUCAUUGAAUGACCCUCACGUGAACAACUCGCAAGUUAUUCUGUCCCCUGCCGAGGGCGGCGAGGCCGAGGUUUCUGGCUCACCGGACCUUGCCUCGCUUGCCUCGCUGUCCCACUCGACCACGCAAAACAGCACAGAGUCCAACAAGGGAACGCCCCCGCAGCCAGCCAUGCCGCCCCCCAACUGGGCGCUGUUCGACCCCGAAGAUACCAACCGUCGAUUCGUCGGCACGCCCGAUUACCUGGCUCCCGAGACGAUCAGGGGUGAACCGCAAGAUGAGACGAGCGAUUGGUGGUCUGUUGGGUGCAUCAUGUACGAGUUCCUUUACGGUAUUCCUCCGUUCAACGCAGACGAGGCGGACAUGGUCUUUGAAAACAUUCUGGCUCGUAGAAUCCACUGGCCGGAUGAAAGCGAGGAUGAAGUUUCACCGGAAGCCAAGGACCUCAUCAACAAGCUGCUCUGCAUGGAUCCGCAACAGCGGCUCGGGUCCAACCGUGAUGAGAAAUUCCAGAGCGGCGGUGAGGAGAUUCGCAAUCACCCCUGGUUUGCUGAGGUGAACUGGGACUCGCUCUUGCAAGACGAGGCCCAGUUUGUCCCGCAGCCUGAGAAUCCCGAAGAUACCGAGUAUUUUGAUGCCCGCGGCGCGACCCUGCAAGCCUUUACCGAGGAGAUCGAAGACCAGCACUCGCCGCCUGCUACUGCGCCUGCCGCCGACUAUCACGAUCGCCCACAUGAUGCCCUUUCUCGUGUUAGAGCUCAGGUUAACUCGAUGAAACGUGGCCUCAUGCCGCUCCACAUUCCGCCGCAUGUCAGAGACUUGAAGAGCAGGCGGUUGAGCGAACCGACCGCGGCUGAUGACUUUGGCAACUUUUCGUUCAAGAAUUUGCCCGUACUCGAGAAGGCAAACAAGGAUGUGAUCCAGAAGCUGCGAGCAGAGGCCAUGGCGGCCCAGAGCAAGCCAAUCAGCCCUGGUGGUCUGGGCAGUCUCACAUCUCCGGGACCGGCCCUCGAAGGCAGCCCGGUUAUCACGAAUCCGGUUCAGAGGACGCUCUCGAACGCCAAAGCAUCUCACAGGCCACAGUCACCGUCUGGUGUCAGCCAGGCUCACUCCUCCCCCAACCGCGUCUCGCAGCCGUCGUCCCCUUUGUUGGUAUCGUUUGUCGCUGGCCCGGGAACUGAAGGCCGACGGAAAGCAUCGAGCAAUUCUUCAAGCUUGUCCCAGCCCUCUGGGAACUCAUUGCAACCUGGGAAUUUCUUUGAGGUGCCCCGCGUUCCGCCUACUUUACAGAAAGCAGCCACCACCAUUGCGGCCACCGCAUCGCCAAGUAAAGGCCGGGGAAGCGCACCUGCCCAAUUGCCGGUCUCGCCCCAGAAGUCGGUCCCAAACCAUGUGAUGUCUACCCCACGACAUAGCAGUAGCUCGUCUGGCGGGCGCUCUCGCUCACUCACGGUUGGCUCCCAGGAUGGCAGCCCUGUGACUACAGAUAUGUUGGCAGCCCACCAUAGGAACCGCAGAAGCCAGGUAUUCGACAUGUCACCCUCGUCUUCGGACAACGAGGGCGAUAAGGCGAACGCACUCCUCAGAGUCCAACGGCGGCGCCAAAGCUCGAGGCGCAUGUCGUACAUCGCAGCCGGCGACGGUCCCCUGUUUCGCCCGCUGGACGUCCUCAUCUGCGACGACCACCCUGUAUCUCGAAUGGUGAUGGAGAAGCUACUCGAGAAGUUGCGAUGCCGGACCAUCUCAGCUGCUACGGGCAGCGAGGCUAUCCGGUACGCCAUGAGCGAUAUCAAGUUUGACAUCAUGUUUCUUGAGUUUCGACUCCCACAGCUCUCGGGAUCUGACGUUGCCCGCAUGAUCCGCGACACGAAGCAUGCCAACACACACACGCCCAUGGUUGCCAUCACGUCUUAUUUAAAAGAGUUGCCCGCGCCCCAGUACUUUGACUCGCUCGUCGAAAAGCCUAUCAGCUCGUCAAAGCUAACCGAAGUGCUGAGUACGCUUUGCCAUUGGAAAGCCCCGGUACCCGGUCAAACUAGCUCGCUGUCCCUGGCGCUGCCACACCCGGUCCCUUCAGGCUUGCGUCAAGAGAGUCUGCGGCUCGAAGACAGUCCAACAUCUGCCUCGUCGGGCUACCUGAUUCGAUCGAGCGCAAGCUUCCCGCGAAGACUCCAUCGGUUCCAGUCUCUUUGGAGAUUCGGAGUCAGUGGCAACCGACGCAUAUCCCGGUUCUCAUCAGUAGAAAAGCCACGGGUGACUGGGACGACGGGGGGGCUCGGCGCAUUUGGGCCCGAAGAAAUGCAUGUGGGUUACAAUAACCCACCAUCAUCUCCCAUUCAACCACGCCACACCACGCCGCAGUCUGCACCCGCGGCAAUCGAGCUCAUGCCAGCGCGCACCAAAGGCCCCGGGCCACAACGCUCACUUGAGAAACUCAAGGCAAAGCGCGAGUCGAUCGAGAAGCGUCGGUACGAGGGCAGCGUUGACUCAGCCGAUGAGGAAGAAGACGAGUUCGGCCAGACGAGCAGUGGGAGUGGGAGCGGAAGUGGCAGUGGCAGUGCGAACGGCAGCAACCCCGGUUCACCCUCGGGCCAGCAGUACCGCAGCAAGUCGGGCUUGCCAUCAUCCAAGCUCGGCAUUGAGAUGAUGCGCGCCAACAGCCAUGACAGCAUGGUCACUGGGCCGGAAAGUGCGGGUAUCGUGGAGCCGAGUACGCAGGUGGCUACGCCAAACCAGGAAAUACAGCGGCUGGAAUUCCCACAGCUUGAUUCCCUUCCCUCCAGCUUGGACCCGCCGGCGUAUAGCAACCCCUUCACUCCAGCACACCCGGCCAUGUGCACCCCGCCCGGCGUUGGGGGAGCGGCAGCGGAAUUCGGCAGCGGAUCCGACAUCGAUGUUGAGGAGACGCCGCGCCCAAUCUCGGCUCUCGAUCGCCGGGGCCCGUUUGAGGACGAGGAUCCUACCCCACGACGCCCGCCGGUCUCAACGGCAGAUCGCGACGACUCCAUGUCGCCGUUUCCGGGCGGCAUUUAA